AAAGAAGUCUAAAAAUGGCGCAAAUGUGCGAAAUGGAUUAAAGUUCUAGGAAGUUGACAAUGGAAAAGAAAGAAAAGGAAGGUUGCAGUGGCACACAUUUUUCUCCAAGUGGUAACACAUUCAGAAAUCAAUAUAGUGGAACAUUUUCAGUAUACAACAAUGAGAGGAUAGUAGCCCGGAGAAUCCCUAACCAAAAUAUUGUGUAUAGGCUGUACCACAGAGAAACUCACAACUGUCGUCCAGGGUCACAGUUUCAUGUUGCUAGAUUAUUUCAUACUAAUGUGUUUCCAAAUUUCACAGUGGUGAAUGUAGAAAAACCUCCUUGUUUUUUGAGAAAAUUUUCUCCAGAUGGGCGCUACUUUAUUGCUUUUUCCUCAGAUCAAACAUCACUGGAAAUCUAUGAGUUUCAAGGCCCAGCAGCUGCUGAAACUUUGCUUCAGAACAUUAAAGGAGAUUUCACUGGAAGUGGCACAGACAGAGAUUCUCUUAAUAUUCGCAGCAGUUUAUUUGAAAAAUUCUUUCGCCUCAAGAAUGUAGUGAGUGUAGCCUCAAACGGGGAACAUUUAAACCGAGAGUGCAGCUUAUUCACAGAUGAUGGCCAGUAUGUGGUUGUGGGAUCUGCUGCAUACAUCCCUGAGGAGCCACAUCCAUAUUUCUUUGACAUUUACAGAAAUAACGAAUCAGUGUCACCAAACCCCAGGUCACCACUGGAAGAUUACUCCUUGCAUCUUGUAGACAUGGUGUCAGGGAGGUUGAGUGACAGCAGACAUUUUAAAUGUGACAAGAUAUUUCUCUCCCACAAUCAGGGUCUUUACCUAUACAGGGACACCUUAGCAGUUUUGUCUGUGCAGCAACAAACAAUUCAUAUAUUUCAAGUAACAUCCAGUGGCAGUUUUGUAGAUGUGAGAUCUAUAGGAAGGUUCUGUUAUGAAGAUGAUGAACUUGUUCUGUCAGCGGCUUUGACCCCCCAGACUCAUCGCCAUCCUCAGUCAUCUGCUCAACAGCGUAACCAACAAAGACCUUUUAGUGAGGUUACACUGAACUCUUUGAAACAUAGACUUCUGGUGUAUCUCUAUUGCAGGGCAGAACAAGAAGGUACAGCUCUGUCUCUUAGAAAGUUCUACCAGUAUUUUGACCAGUUCAAGAUGCUCAGAAUGUGGAAAAUGCAAUUAUUAGAUGAAAAUCACUUACUCAUUAAAUAUGCCAGUGAGGAGGUUGUGACACUCAGAAUUUCUGAUCCAAAUUCUCAACCUUCUUUCUUUGUUGUGUACAACAUGGUGAGCACAGAGGUGCUGGCAGUAUUUGAGAACACGUCAGAAGAUCUCUUGGAGUUGUUUGAAAACUUUUGUGAUAUGUUUCGCAAUGCUACAUUGCACUGCGAGGCCCAGUUCACAUGCUCUGCCAGUAGUAACAUUCAUGCCAGGCAAAUUCAGCAGAGAUUUAAGCAGACAAUCAUAAAUGCCAAAUUUGGAGGACACACAGAGGCCAUCAAACGCCUCCUUGCUCAACUCCCCAUUAGUGCCCAGUCUUACAGCAGCAGUCCCUACCUGGACCUGGCUCUCUUCAGUUAUGAUGAUAAGUGGGUCUCUGUCAUGGAAAGACCCAAGGGAUGUGGAGACUAUCCUAUAAGAUUCUAUGCCAGAGACUCGGGGUUGUUGAAAUUCAAAAUUUAUGCAGGAGUCCUUGGUCGUAAUCCACCACCAGCAGCAAGAAGGCUUGUAGCAUUCACCUUCCAUCCAUGUCAGCCAUUUGCAAUAAGUGUGCAAAGAACUAAUGCAGAAUACAUUGUCAACUUUCAUGUUAGACAUUCUAGUGAAUAAACAUGCCCUUGUUACCAAAGUGCAAAAUAUGAAACAGAAGAGAAUACUCUUGCACAUACAACUUGCACUUCAAGAAAACUAGGAAAAAUUCAUCAAAGUGUAACUGUAUUGUGGAGUAGAAAUUUUGAUGUACAGUGCCAUAGUUUCUCCUCAUGAAAUUCAGUCAAAUUUAGAACAAUACAAGAUGAUGUUUUUGAUUUUAUUUGACUUUAAAAUAUUUCUUUUUUUCAAUAUCAAUUUCUAAAUCAGAAAAAGAAUGAUAAUACAAACAGUAAAACUUACUACAUAAUGAAUUCAGGUUGCUGCAGCAUCCAAGUUUCAUCAUCCAAUUUUUAUAUUCAUUUCAUAGACACAAGUCAUGCGACUUAUGUAAUUUUAUAAAAUUCUCUUCCAAGGUAUUAUUUGUAGGUUCUAAAAGGGAUCCUUUUGCACACUUAUUCAGUGACAUAACAAAAGCAAAUAAACAUUGAACACUUA